UUUCUGGAUACCUGCCAACAUACAUUGGUAUAGGUAACUUACAUUCACUUUAAACCGUCGCCGAACUUCGGUUGAAUAGAAAAAAAAAACGAACACACAUUUGAAACAUAAAUACAUGAAAGAAAGGCCGUUAGGUAGCCGAUCGUUGCAAGUGCCUGUAAUCAGGCAGGUAUACCUGAGCUUGUUACAGGCGUGUUCGCCAGUUCAGUUUUCGCUUUCGUUGACGCAAGGAAACAUGUCCUACUUAUCGUACAGUUCCGUGCACAGCAGACCGGAGAGGUACAGUUGAAGUUUCGUGAUCUCAAAGAUUCAAGUACUGGCAAUAAAACGAUUUUUCUUCGUAAAAUGCUUCUGCUUCAUCAUGAAUGCGACCAAGAUCAUACAAAUUUUGACAAAUACGUUGCGGCUCAUACUGCAAAUUCUUUACUACAUCUGCGAGAGCGUGUACUAUCAUAUCUUUGGAUUACAAGAAAAGAAUGUGACCGGUGAGAUUGUUUUGAUAACAGGUGCGGGUCAUGGUAUAGGAAAGGAAUUGGCGAUUCAAUAUGCAUGCUUGGGUGCGAAAGUGGUGUGCUUAGACAUGAACAAGCAAACGAACGAGGAAACGGCGAAGGAGAUUAAAGAAAAAAUUGGAAAAGAUGUAUAUACAUAUCAAUGUGAUGUAACUAGAAGAGAAGAAGUUUUUGCAGUAGCCCAUAAAGUGAGGGAAGAAGUCGGCGAGGUUACAAUUUUAAUAAACAAUGCCGGCAUAAUGCCGUGUCAUACUUUUUUAGAUCACACAGCCGAUGAAAUCUUAAAAAUCUUCAAUGUUAAUGUAUUAGCACACUUUUGGAUAUUGCAAGCAUACUUACCAAGUAUGAUUGAAAAAAAUUAUGGCCACAUCGUUGCACUCUCAUCGAUGGCAGGCAUCGUAGGACUUCCUUACUUAGUUCCUUACAGCUCUUCAAAAUAUGCAGUCCAUGGUCUGAUGGAGGCGCUUGAGGAAGAAUUACGAGUAACUAGUAAGAGAAAAUCUUUGAUCAAAUUUACUACCAUCUAUCCUUACAUGGUAGAUACGGGACUUUGCAAAAAGCCAAAAAUAAAUCAGAUAUUGAAUUCACUCUUACUAUUAAGCUCCCCGAAAGAUACAGCAGCACAAAUAAUUAAAGCGCAACGACAAAAUAUAAAGAUGAGAACUAUACCAUUAUUUUGGUUAUCACUUGUGUCAUUCGGAAGGAUGUUUCCCGAUAAUGCACAAAAUAGUAUAAAAGAUUACAUUGAUUCUGGCGUCGAACCAAGCUAAUUAAUAUGUAUAAGGAUCUUGUAGUUUAUAUUUCAUUAAACUUUAAAAAAUUUGUGGAAAAAA